CCAUUGAAUGCUGCACUGCCUGCCAGGAGGAGUCCGAAGCGAGGGUAGAUAUCUCUCACUUUCCCGGAAUUCUCCACCUUCCCGCCAGCCGGCGUGCCUGACCAUUUUAUCGUCAGCACCUCCAGAUCCGUUGGUCCCACCGCCCCCAUAAAGUGAUGGAGCACGAUGAGUCAUGCGUUGUGGAGGGGGCAAAGGAGAAUGGUGCUAAUGAUGGCGGCAAUCUGGAGCCUUUGGAACAUUGCCCUUGUGCAAGAGAUGUCGAUCCACUUCGGGUUCUUGUUCCUUUGUCUGUUGCUGAAUGUAAAUGUAGUUCCAGCAAUCUUCUGGAUGUCCCCAAAGAAGAUGCUCGUACAGAUCAUCCUGCUAUGGAUGCCAAGCUGGAUCCCAGUCCAUCUGCUUCGAUGCAAGUCAUUGAUGAUGUUCUGGCACCAAAAGAUAAAAAGAUUGAAUAUCCGAAGGAAAUCAUCCUGCUCCAGGAUCAAAGGGCUGCAGAAUGGAGUUUUUAUCCAAGGGGAGGAAAUCUUCAUACCUAUCAUAAGGGGAAAAAAUGUUAUUUCAACGGGAUCUUUCUUGCGAACCAGAGAUGUUCAACAGAGAUAUCAUUGGCCAAAUGCUUUGGCAGUAAAAAAUAUGGCAUUAAUCUCAGGAAUGGGCUCCCACAACUAUCCCCAGGAGACAAGCCAUAUUUCCGUUCAGAGCAAAGUUCAGAUUUUUACAAACUUGGAUCAUCUAUGCCUCUAGUAAAUUUUUCGAGAAAACCAUAUACAAAAAAAGUAGAUACGUUUAUUCCUCUGGAACCUCUGCCAAAGGAACGCCACUUGCCUUUUUCUGUAAGGGAGAAGAGAAAACAAAAACUGAAUGAAAUAAUGGAAGUGGAGAAGCUUGAUUCGUGGAAUCCAGCAGUUCCCAUACUGACUUGGUUAUUCCCCCCUCUUCCAAUACAGAAACGAGUGGUAGUGAUUUGAAAACCUUUGGACCCUAUAAGAAUAAAGCUUCUUGGGAGAUUAUAUAAA